AUCCCAAGCCAUUGAUCCAAUCCUUCCCCCACUCAUUGCUUAGUUGUCUCUCAAUAUUAUUAUUUUUUAUGCAGAUUCACUUCUAAUAUCAUUUGUCUUCUUCUCCAAAAGGUCCCAAACCCUAGACAGGAAUCUUGAGCAUGCAGACAGCAUAGGCAGAUCUCUCUGUGCUGUCCAUUUGACCAGAAAACAGUCAUCAACUUUCUCACUCCUCCAUCUACUUCUCACUGGUCACUCCUCACAACUCACAAGCAUUAUAUAAAGGAGGAUCCAAAUACAAGCGAUAACCAUGCAGCUUCUUCAAUGGCUAUUUGGAGCUAAAGUUGGACAAGAAAGGGAGGAGAUUUCUAGUUCUUCCAACAAGAACGCAACAACUAAUGAUCAAGAAGCUAAACCAAAUUACAUAAUCGUCUUUAGGCGCGGUAGCGCCAGUGUUUAUCGAAAAUCAUCAAAAGGAGUUGAAGAAAGCAAAUCGGGUAACAAGAAGUUCAAGCCGUUUACCUUUCUAUGUCGAAAAGAUGUCGCAACGGCUUGCUUUAAUAGCACUCUUCAGCUAAAGAGACUUAAUAGCAUAAACAGAAGGCAGGGAAGGCAGCAUUGGAUUCAAUCUAUGAAGAUCAUGAAGAAAGAAGAUAUUGCAAGAGGUCUGGGAAUUAGUAGCACCAAGGCGGAUUCGGUGAAUGUAAGCAACAAGGUUUUACCGGUGAAUGAUUCAACGUUAUCAACCUCGACGAGAACAAACGAACAAUGUGGCUUACCGGAGAAGAAAGAACAGCUUAAAGGGGACAAAACCAGAACCCUUUCAAGAAUGAAGGAGCUUCUGAGAUGGGCUGCUGCUGCAAAAUCAGACAAGGGUGGAAAAUUCAUCGCUCGAAAGGUUAAGCAAUUUCGAAACCGGGGAACUCUGAAAGCAGUACCAGAUGAUGAUCAACCAAGCAACGACUCGCCGAAGAUCAGCUUCAGAUGGGAUUUGGAGAGCAACUCCACCACUUCCUCUGCCUAUACAGCGCUUUCAACAGCAUCUUCACUCAAGAAUGAUCAAAUCAUAAGCCUUCCAUCUUUGAAUUCUACAAAGUUUCAAGACCCGGAUCACUUGGAACCCAAGAAAGGGAACUGGAUCACCUCAGACUCAGAAUUUGUGGUGCUAGAGCUAUGAAGAUCUUUCAUAUCCAUCGACGGCCGGAAUAUCGAUCAACUGCUUAGUGAUUGUAUCAUAAUUAUUAAUUGAAGAUGUUAAAUUUUGUGAGAGAUUUAAGAUUUGAAAAGCAAAAUCAAUGCAAGGAAAGGAUGUUUAUGUGA